AACACCUUCUUCCAAAAAUGUAUUAUUUAUUUCCAUGUUGGCAGGAACUCCUAUUGAACAAGUGCAUAAGGUUCUGAAACAAUUGCCCAUAAUAUCAAAUGUGAUCCGUAUACUGCCCAACAUACCAAUGACAGUAGGUGCUGGAUCCUGUAUAUAUGCAAUAGACAAUAGCAUAACACAGGAACAGUGCAGGCUACUAGAAAAUUUAUUGCAAGGGUGUGGAGUUGUAGAAAAGAUUCCUGAAAAACUUAUGGACUCUCUGGGUGUCCUCACAGGGUGUGGUCCUGCUUUUAUAUACAUAGUAAUAGAAGCUCUUGCGGACGGCGCAGUCAAGGAAGGUGUACCUCGUGCAAUGGCGUUAAGGCAUGCUGCUCAGAUGGUGGCCGGUAGCGGUCAAAUGGUACUGCAGAGUGGAAAGCAUCCCGGCUUGUUGAAGGAUGAAGUUUGUUCACCCGGUGGGUGCACCAUUUGUGGUGUCACUGCUCUAGAGAAUGGAAAAUUGAGAGCCACAAUGAUCAACGCCAUCGAAGCGGCUGUAGAGAAAACUAGAGAAAUGGGAAAGAAGUAAAUAUUACGACAUUGGGUAAUUUUAUUUUUGCAAGUGAUUAUUAACCCUUUGUCUAUGUCUAGAUCUUAAUUGAAACGUUACCGAAUUUUAAAAUUCUUAUUUUUUUUAAGGUUUUUUAUUUCAAUCACAUGACUGCAAUUAUACGUCUUC